GUCUCUGUCUUUCGAUCCCGUCCUAUCAACAUCCGGUAUAUAAUUGAAUUGCCAGCUUUUACACCAUCACAGUGGAAUCACUUAUCCCACCAUCAUUAAUAUUAUUCAUCCCUGCUGGAUCAAUUUUGUCAACACAUAUAUUCUCCUCUACUCGCAAAUUAUUAGUGCAGCUGCUCAACCAUGGAUAUAGAUCCGCGUCAAUACGAAAACACUGCUAUCAAUGAUGAUGACAUCCACAACAUUGUUCUUUCAUAUCUUGUGCAUAACUGCUAUAAAGACACAGUGGAAUCAUUUAUUACUACUACUGGAGUGACGAAGCCUGUUGUUUUUGAGGACAUGGAAAAAAGAAAACGAGUGUUUAUGUUGGCACUGGAGGGGGAUGCACUAAAAGCCAUUGAGCUGACGGAACAGCUUGCUCCUGGAUUGCUGGAUAAAAGUAAGGACUUGCAUUUUGAUCUUCUGACCCUUCAUUUUGUUGAGCUUGUCUGCUCCAGGAAAUGCACAGAAGCUGUUGAAUUCGCUAGGACGAAGUUAACUCCUUUUGGUGAUGUGCAGAAGUAUGUAGAGAAGCUUGAAGAUUUCAUGGCUCUGCUAGCUUAUGAAGAACCAGAAAAAUCACCUAUGUUCCAUUUACUUAGUUCUGAGUAUCGACAACAUGUUGCAGAGAGCUUGAACAGAGCGAUUCUUGCACAUGCCAACCUACCCAGCUAUCCAGCAGUAGAACGGCUGAUGCAACAAACAGUAGUUGUCAGACAGUACUUGGAUCAAGAGCAGGACAAGGAAGGUCUUUCGCAUUUUUCUUUGAAGGAUUUUUUGAAAAGCUAGAGUGUGGGAGCUGUGUACUCGGCGAUUCUCAAGAUCUUGUGAAACUUAAGUAUUUAGCUUCCUAUCAGAUUCCGCACAGGAAUUAUGGCAAAUGCUACUCAGUCUGCGACAUUUGUACUCAAUGUUCUCUUGUUUCUGAGUUUCUUGACAAGUCUCCUGGCUGUCUUUUUUGUGUAUCCAGCUCCACAAAUGAUGAUACAAGUAUAAAUCAUGUAGCUAUAGUUAAUAAACUCAUGAGGUUAUGCUCGAUGUGUGAUCUAUUGACGUUCCAUACCUCCAAAAUUUUUGCAGUAUGUAGCCGUGAUUUUAUUUUA